GCACUAAAAUAGCCAAACUACAGAACACCAAAAGGCAGAAUACACGAGUCACGCCUGAUUUUCAUGCUCACGAAGUUGGAGAUAAAACAAUAUCGAGAACUGAUCACAACCAUCAAAGGGAAUAUUGAACCGAGGUCUCCAUACAUUUUCCCUUAAUGCCCCAUGAUGCCCAUCGUCCAAAUGCCACCAAGUUCUAUCUUGGCGCGUCCCGGGUAAAACUAUGAUUUGUGAAUUUAAACCUAGACCAACACUUUCGAUAUUCCCCUUUUACUAAGCCCCUACUCAGCAAUGCGAAAACUCUCCAGCCACGCCCAUUAUUUGCUCCUCCACGCCGGCAGAGGGCGCAAACGCCAUUUUCUGCCCUGGUGCGACGUCACUUGCCGCUUCCGGGUUCCAAGCCACGCUUCAAAAAUCGACUGUUAAAUAUUCGUCAUUGCUCGGCGACAAGGUCCGCGGCGCACGCGCCGGCUACCCCCACCCCACUUCUCGUCCGCGCGCGGUACAAGGAAAGCGAAAAGCGCCAUGGAGUCGCUGGCGUCUGAGCUGUACGGAGUUCAGGCUCUGCGCUUCGGGGAAUUCGUCUUGAAGAGCGGCCUGGUCUCCCCGGUCUACAUCGACCUCCGCGUCAUCGUGUCGCAUCCGGCGCUGCUAAAUAAGGUAGCAGAUCUCCUUUUCUGUUCAGCAAAGGAUGCCGCACUCAAGUAUGAUUCUGUCUGUGGAGUUCCGUACACAGCUUUGCCCUUGGCUACAAUAAUCUGCUCAACCAACAAGAUACCAAUGCUUAUACGGAGAAAGGAAGCCAAAGAUCAUGGAACCAAACGCCUUGUGGAGGGCACAAUUAAUUCAGGAGAGACUUGCUUGAUCAUCGAGGACGUAGUAACCAGCGGUUCAAGUGUCUUGGAGACUGCAGAGGUCCUUUGGAAAGAAGGACUGAAGGUUACUGAUGCCAUUGUGCUGUUGGACAGAGAACAAGGAGGAAAAGCCAUGUUGGAAAAACAUGGAAUUAGGCUGCACUCCGUGUGCGGCUUGUCUCAAAUUCUCAAAAUCCUGGAACAGCAGGAAAAAAUUACUUCUGAAACAGUGGCAAAAGUGGAAAAAUUCAUUCAAGACAAUAUUUUUAAACCAUCUGAGCAAAACGGCACCGCGCCUGUGAAAAGGGUAUGCAAAGAAAUAAGUUACGCGUCUCGGGCUGAGCUGCCAGGCACUCAUCCUCUGGCUGCUCGACUUCUCAGGCUCAUGGAGAAAAAACAGUCUAACUUGUGCCUUUCUGCUGACGUGAACAGUUCCAAAGAAUUGCUCCAGCUGGCUGACACUCUGGGACCAUCCAUCUGCAUUUUGAAAACUCACAUUGAUAUUCUGGAUGAUUUUACUCAGGAAGUAGUGAAAGAGCUGAGUGUGCUCGCUGCUCGGCACGAAUUCUUGAUUUUUGAAGACCGAAAAUUUGCAGACAUUGGAAAUACAGUGAAACAUCAGUACAAAGGCGGUGUUUUCCAAAUAGCAUCGUGGUCAGAUAUGGUUAAUGCUCAUGCAGUUCCUGGCCCAGGAGUUAUUAAGGGGCUGAAAGAAGUAGGGUAUCCUUUACAACGUGGGUGUCUCUUGAUUGGUGAGAUGAGCUCCAGCGAGUCCCUGGCCACUGGGGACUAUACGAAAGCCGUUGUCAAAAUGGCUGAAGAACACUCCGAUUUUGUUCUGGGAUUUAUUUCUGGGUCCAGAAUUAGUGAAAAACCUGAAUUCCUUCACUUAACUCCAGGAGUCCAGAUGCAAGCUGGAGGUGAUAGCCUUGGGCAGAAGUACCUAAGUCCACAGGAGGUUAUCAGAAAACGACAUUCAGACAUCAUCAUUGUAGGGCGGGGCAUCUUAUCUGCAUCAGACCGUCGGGCUGAAGCAGAGGCAUACAGGAAAAUAGCCUGGGAAAGUUACUUGCAGAGGAUUGGUGUUUGUACCCAAAAUUAACCAAGUUGGCUUCCACUAAACAGGCCAUUCCAAAAAGCUAACGUAAUUAAGAAGAGGAGUGUGUUUGGUCCACCAAAUGUUUUUGUACGUUAAAAUAAAUUUGCCACUGGGGGAUUUGGAAGCUGUCACACAAAUAACAGCUAUGGCACUUCUUGAAACUGAAAUCAAGCAGUCAUGUUGAGGUGAUUUUGGAAUUGUUUAGAAUAAAAUAGAAAACCAUUCACAAGUCUUUCAAACACCACCAUUGGGUUUGAAAACAUGAGUAAUAUAAAAAUGGAGAGAAGUCAGAAAACAAGAUAGAUUUUUAUAUAGCAUAUGCACUUAUCUGUUCUUUUCUGUAUUAUAAUAGGAGUCUCCCGAGAGGGUGGGUAUUUCAGUCACAUCUGGAAUAUACUUGAAAAUAUUGUGCUGGCGAGCGAUCUGCCUGUUUAGUAUCAUUAGGACAUUCUCAAUGUUUUAGCAAAUGCUUUGCUGAUGUAGAGAUAACUUAAUACCUCAAGUUACAUACAGAAAAUGUAUUUUUCCUAUUGAUAAUUAUCUGGAAUGUGAGAUGUAUGAACAUCUUUCACAAUAUUAAUUUUAAA